CUGGAACGAGAACUACCACUCCCGGCAUGCCGUGCGCGAUCUCGCGUUGUUUGUGCCUGCUCUCGUGAGAGUUGGCCCUAUAAGCCCGUGUGAGGCGGCCCGGCCCACCCCUUUCGCUUCCCUUUCCCCAAGAUGGCGCCGAAGGCGAAGAAGGAGGCUGUCCCCGCUAAGACAGAGGCAAAAUCCAAGGCUCUGAAAGCUAAAAAGGCUGUGUUGAAAGGUGUGCACAGUCACAAGAAGAAGAAAAUCAGGACAUCUCCCACCUUCAGAAGGCCCAAAACCUUACGAUUACGGAGACAGCCCAAAUAUCCUAGGAAGAGUGCUCCUCGGAGGAACAAGCUUGACCACUAUGCCAUUAUCAAGUUCCCUCUGACCACAGAGUCUGCCAUGAAGAAGAUAGAGGAUAACAACACCCUGGUCUUCAUUGUAGAUGUCAAGGCCAACAAACAUCAGAUCAAACAGGCUGUCAAGAAGCUGUAUGAUAUUGAUGUGGCCAAGGUGAACACAUUGAUCCGACCCGAUGGUGAGAAGAAGGCUUAUGUCCGUCUUGCUCCAGACUAUGAUGCAUUGGAUGUAGCCAACAAGAUUGGAAUAAUCUAAAGUGCAUCCACCAAGAGCUGGGCAGAUGAGAUAAUAAACUUUGUAAAACCA